ACUUUCAACAGUUUCCUUCACUUUGCUAAAGCCGUCAAGAUCUUAAUGUUGAAUUUAGAAUUUUUUAUCGAAAAACAAAUAUGAAUUGGUUCUGUAUAUUUUUACUUAUUUAUUUGUCAGCGCACUCGGCGGUUGGACAACAUUGUUACAACAAGAGACGGAUGCACCACCGCAAUGCGCGACAUAUGCUACAAAAUCUCUAUGCCGAACUCAUGCCCGGUGAAGGUGGUGGUGGUGGCGGCUCAGAAGGGAAUGAUGAGUGCAAGAAAAGUGGCGUCACUUCGGGUAAUCCGAAGCAGAAAGCCACUAACAUCGCGCAGAAAGCAGCCAAAGAGGCCAAAGCCGCCUCGGAUGCACAGGCGGCGGCCGGUGAAGCUGCGUCACAGCAGGUGAAAGCACAAUUGGCCGAGAAGGCGGUUGCUGCCGCAAAGGCAGCCGAAGCAGCGCUCGCCGGCAAACAGCAAAUCGUACAGCAACUGCAACAGGAAGUGCGUGAAGCCGAGGCGGUGGUACAAGAACAGAGUAGCUCACUGCAAAAUGCACAACAAAAUGUCAACGCCGCCAUGCAAGCCGCACAAAAUGCUGCACAGCAAUUGAAGACACUCACGAAAGCGGUGAGUAUGGCACAAGUGAAUGUCGGUAAUGCAGAGCAGGCAGCACAGGGUGCCCAGCAGGACUUGGCUGAGAAAACGCAAUUAAUGGAGGCCGCAAAGAGUCGCGUGGAGCAGCUGUUGCGCCAACUGAGUUCCGCACGCAACGAUUAUGCCAAGACGAAAGAGGCCGCAAUGAAGGCGGCUGCCGCGGCACACGAAGCCAAACAGAAUGCAAAUCCCGGAAAUCGAUGUGGACGCUCAUCGCCCGGCAGUCGAAUGAUGGCAAAACGACACCUACGACUAGCACAGCGACAACGUCACUAGAGUUUGUAAUAAUUUUUUACACAUAUUAAAAUAACUGCAACCAUAUAUUUCAGUUUUGUGAAAACGUCCUUUUUGGUUUAAUGAUUUUACAUUUUUUUUUUCAAUCUUUUACGAUUAAAUAAAGGAAAAGCUU